AUGAAGAGCAGAGGCUCCAUGUCCUACUUGCAUCGGUUGCUGCUGCUGCUAUUGCUGUGGCUGCCGCCAUUUCACACCCACCAGGGACAGGCCCUGAGACAUAUUCUCCCCACCCAGUGAGCCCAGGCUCCUCUGGGUAGGCAUCUCAGCUAUUGCCCAGGUCAAGAACCUGUCACAGUUAUGACCAUAGAACUCACCCAAAUCAGCAAUCCCUAUUCCUCCUUUGAGUUUUGAACAUAGGAUCCAGAGGGAGUGAUUUUUUAUGGAGAUGCCAACAUGUUCAUACUGGGAAUUCGGGAUGGCCAGCCUGAGAUCCAGAUGCAUAAUUUCUGGGCCCAGCUUACAAUAGGCAUUGGCCGUCGGCUGAAUGAUGGGAGAUGGCACCAGGUGGAGCUGAAGAUGAACCGGGACUCACUGCUGCUAUGGGUAGAUGGAGAAGAGAUGCUGUGCCUAAGACAAGUCUCUGGGCCCCUGACCAACAAAUCCCAGCCCAUUAUGAGGAUUGCAGGGGGCCUCCUCUUUCCCACCUCCAGCCUUUGAUUGCCGCUGGUCCCUGCCCUGGAUGGCUAUAUUCCCUUACCUUCUGCCCCGACUAGCCUCAGAAAAUGUGAUGUGGACUUGCAACCUGGGCUCUUCUUCUCUCUAGGGGCCCAUGCAGAAUUCAGUCUUCAAGACAUUCAGCCUCAUGCGGAGCCCUGGACCUUUUCUCUGGACCUGGGAUUUAAGCUGGUGGCAGGCUCAGGACACUUUCUAGCUCUUGGGACAGGAGCAAACUUGUCUUGGCUUAGCCUUCGUCUCCAAAAUCAAACCAUGGUGCUGUCUUCUGGAGUAGCACCAGGACUACCUUUGCCUUUGGUCUUGGGACUACCGCUUCAGCUGAAACUGGACAUAUCCAAAGUGAUCUUGAACCAGGGACCAAGGAUGGAGGUCCUUUCGUCUUCUUUGAGACUUUGCCACCUCUUGAGUCUCUGGUCCCAGCGACAGGGUCAUUUCUUCCUUGUGGCUUUACCAGGGGGAAAUUCUUCUGCUUCCUUUUGCUUGAGUGGCCUUUGGGCACGACAGAGACCUGACAUAGACCAGGCCCUGAGCCGAAUCCAGGACAUCUGGACUCACAGUUGCCCUCAGAGCCCAAGCAAUAACACUGACACCUCCCACUAA